AUGCAGAUGAGAUCGCGUGCGGUAGUGAUGGCAGCCCUCGCCAUGCUGGCGAUGGUUACUCUGGCCUUCGAGGCGCAGGCCUACGACUCGGCGUCGGCCGGCGACGCGGCCAUCAGAGAGCAGUUCGAUGCCUUCCUCGUGCGCUACGGCAAGCACUACGCGGCCGCGAGCGACGAGUACGAACACAGGCUCGGCAUCUUCACCCACAACCUCGCCAAGAUCGCUGCUCGUAACGCCAAGUAUGCCGGCAAGACGCAGCACGGCAUCACCCAGUUCGCGGACAUGACUCAGGAGGAGUUCCAGAACCGCGUGCUCAUGCGCCCGCCGCCCCUGCCCACCGAAAAGCGCGUCCGUGGACCCACCUACGCCGGCCUCAAGGCCCCGACUUCGUUCGAUUGGCGCAACAAGACGGGCGUCGUGACCCCCGUGUACAACCAGGGCCAGGCGUUCUCCGCGACCGAGAACAUCGAGUCGCAGUGGGCUCUCGCCGGCAACAAGCUGACCGAGCUCGCCAUGCAGCAGAUCGUCGACUGCGAUUCCACCGACUCUGGCUGCGGCGGCGGCUGGCCCUACAAUGCCUACGAGUACGUGAUGUCGGCGCCGGGUCUGGAGCCUCUUGCCGACUACCCCUACACUGCGGCCGAUGGCAACUGCGCCUACAACUCAGGCGAGGUGGUGGCCAAGAUCUCUGACUGGACCUACACCACGACGGAUCAGGACGAGCACCAGAUGGCCAACUACCUGGCCCAGCAUGGCCCCAUCUCUGUCUGCGUCGAUGCUUCGCAAUGGUCCCUCUACACCGUUGGCUACAACUUGGCUGCCAACCCGCCCUACUGGAUCAUCCGCAACUCGUGGGGCGCCGAUUGGGGACUCCAGGGCUACAUGUACCUCGAGUUCGGUCAGGACGCCUGCGCCGUCGCUCAGGUCUCCACGUCCUCCAUCGUCUAA